AUGGCGGCGGACGUUCGUAAAAAUGAGACCCGCCAGGGUGAGCGCUGCGACGGCCAGAAGGGACACCCGCCUCGGGGCUCCGGCUCUUGGAUCUCAACACGGGCGUGCACCCUGCUCCUGGUUUUUGCGGUCCCCUUUUUGGCUUGGGGCGUCAAGUACCACCAAGAAGCCAACGUCCUCAAGCGACACGAGGACAGUGUUCGAACUCUGGGUGCCGAGGGGCUUUUUCUCUUCUCUUCGUUAGACACGAAUCAUGACCUCUAUCUCAGUCCAGAGGAGUUUAAACCGGUUGUGGAGAAACUCACAGGGAUCACACCACCGGGGGAUAUUGAAGAGGUGGUGAUAGAAGACCCAGAUGGGGAAACUAUAACACUGGAGGCUAGAAUGGAGCCUCUACUUAUGGACUCCAUGACAAAAAGCAAAGAUGGCUUUCUUGGGGUCUCUCACAGUUGCCUGAGCGGGUUGCGCUCAUGGAGGAGUCCGGCCGUGCCUUCUUCUACCUUCUUUGCCAGCCAGUUCAAGGUUUUCCUCCCUCCCAAGAACAAACAGGAGGUAGGAGACACCUGGUGGGUGAUACCCAGCGAGCUUAACAUCUUCACCGGGUACCUGCCCAACAACCGCUACCAUCCUCCCACGCCAAAGGGCAAAGAGGUCUUCAUUCACUCACUGCUGAGCAUGUUUCACCCCCGACCCUUCAUCAAGUCUCGCUUCUCACCUCAGGGCACCAUUGCGUGCAUACGUGCCAGUAACGACUUCUAUUAUGACAUUGUGUUCAGGAUUCACGCUGAGUUCCAGCUCAACGACGUCCCAAAUUUUCCCUUCUGGUUCACGCCGGGCCAAUUUGCAGGCAACAUCGUCCUGUCGAAAGACGCCUCUCACGUGCGACACUUUCACCUCUACGUCCCCAGUGACAAGUCUCUGAAUGUCGACAUGGAAUGGCUGUAUGGCGCCAGCGAGAGCAGCAACAUGGAAGUGGAUAUCGGGUACCUUCCACAGCUGGAGCUGCGAUCCACCGAGCCAUCGACUCCUUCCGUCAUAAUGGACGAGAACGGCAACAUCAUCGACAGCCGAUCAGGCAGCGCCGAUCCGAUCCGUUUCGUCUUUGAGGAGAUUGACUGGCGCUCCGAAAUCGAUCGGAAAGAAGCCGACCGUCUCCUGGAGGUCACUCUAUAUCCCUUCAAAAAGGUUUCCUACCUACCUUUUUCGGAGGCCUUCCAGAGAGCCGAAGCAGAGAAAAAGUUGGUGCAUUCCAUUUUACUUUGGGGAGCGCUUGAUGACCAGUCCUGCUGA